AUGGUGUCUGAACGUUUAAAGAAGAUACUGACAUCGUAUGAGAUGUACCAAUGUGUUUUAACAACGUUAAGUCCUUUGAUUUUUGUAUUGUUUUUGAUCAUCGCACUUUUAACAAGCAUUCCUCCACACGCACCAACCCGUCCAUCAACCCCAACAAAACCCUAUUUUGUUCUUCUUCAGAUCAGUGACAUUCAUGUGAACACUUUUCUUGACGGACAUGAAGUUGGUAAUUUAAGACAGUUUUGUUCUGAGUUACCAAAGAUAACCCCAGAUGGUGUGAUAGUCACUGGUGACUUGUGUCAUAGCAGAAGGCGGGGAAUAGGGUUUUACCCCGAGAAGCAUGAGGAUGAGUACGACUUAUAUAGUUCUACUGUCAGUGACUGUAUGGCGUUAUAUAACACAACGUGGUAUGAUUUAAGAGGCAAUCAUGACGUUGAUGGAGUUUAUGGGAGAGACAACGCUUUAAUGUAUGUUGAACAACACCUUCAUAGUAACAUUGAUGUGAUGAGUGUGAAUUACAUUGAGUUCAAAAAAGGUGAAGACAGUGUCAGAGUGGUUGGCGUGGAUAGUUACUUGAACGCAAUGAUUUCAAUGGAAAUUGAAGGGUUUUUGUCUGAAAAUAAUGUCGGCAAAUUAUUUGAGUUAUUUGAUAGUGACAACACUUAUAAAGUUCUUGCGACUCACCACCCAUCUACGGGAAUCAUAUCUAAUAACAAAAGGUAUUUAUCGGAUCUCAUCGAUGAGAAAUAUGGAGAGAAUAAUCCAAUUUCAAUUGCCAUUUGUGGACAUUAUCACAGAGACUACGCUGCGGCAUAUCACAACCACUACUUCGAUGCGGAAUUGGUUACUUUGCAAUAUGGAAAGUAUCGCGUUUUGGUAUUCAAAAAUCGUGUAGCACAGUACUUCGAUUUUGUGAUUGGAGAGCUCCCAAUAGUUCCAAUAUGCCCAGGAGAAAAGGUCACAUGUGAAACAACAGAGAUCUACAUUGGUUAUAUUGUCGACUCUGUCAAAGUGAUUGGUCUCAAAACACGGAAAGUGGAGGAGUUAACAAGUGAAGACAAACACCUGUGGACUUCUCCAUUGAAAUUUGAAGAAGACAUAAAGGUCGUUGUGUCAUAUGAAGGUAAUGAAAUAGAACGUGAAUUCAAAUUUGGGUCGCAGUACAACCACUUUAUGAAUGGAUUUUUCAUCAUGUGGAGGCUCAAAGACUGUGCAAUAGGCUUUUCUGCAUUAGCUUUCAUCUUACUCUGCCUCAGAAUCUUCUCUGGUUUAUUCUCGAGAAAGUUUGUUGUACUUCAGAAGAUACCAAUUUUGGGUCAUUACAGUUUUGUCCCACAACCCAUACUCCUCUUUGGACUUUUCCUUGCCGUUCUGAUGUAUUUUAUUCCAAUGAUAGUUGGGUACAAUUAUUUCCAAGAUCAUGGCAACAUGGUUUUGGUGUAUGCUGGUGUCAAUUUCGCGAAAAUUGGAAUCUUUGGGUCACACUUUGUUUCGCAUGGAUAUGCAGUCCAUGGGUUUGCUUGUAUAUACAUUUGGAUGUUCUUGUACACUGUUGGACACUCGUACAAGAAGAAUCUGAAGCGGACGGAAAUAGGAAUCGACUUGUUGUGGAUCCUUUGGCUCAUUUUUGGGGUCGCAUACUCCUAUAUGCUCCACAUCUCAUUUUUCUUCUUCUCACCACUUUCUUUCAUUCAAUUCAUUCUACUCGUCAUAGCAAAGUACAUAUGCUGGUACAACUCAAAGUAUAAGCCUGAAAAACAAGACGAAGAAAAAGAUGACAUUAAAACGCCACUCACACACAUCGCCGAUCAGUCAAAAGGUGAUGAUAAAGAAGAAAAUGUUCCACUCUAA